CACCCACGCAUUGUUCCGACUCCAUCUCCAGAAGGGGGGGCUGCUGGGUAUAUGCGUUUGUGACGAACCCCAGGGCUUCAAAGACUGAAACCAGGUCCAGCGCGCGGACCGCAGACACACGGGCAAGGACAUUCCAAAACUGGGAUGAACGAUGGGUGCUGCCUAAACGCUCGCACUGGAAUCAAGACGAAACACCGCGAGCUCUCCUGAUUUUACGCUUUGUUAGACCUUCACUUCACCUGGCGCCUGUGUCAAUCGAAUCCAGCGAAAUUGGAGAAUAACUUGAUGACAAGGCUUCUACAAUAAAUUGGGAUUUUAAAAAAUAUAGAUUUUGCGAGCAUCUCUUCAGAAACAGGGGGACCUUUGAAUUUGGAUCGACAUACUGUUAAAAACCUACAUGGAUUGGAUUUGUAUUCAUUUUACUCAUUGGAACUUUGGAAUAAAUCGGGUUUGAAUUGCAGGUCUGCUCAGACUUGUUAAUUUCAUCCAAAUAUCUAUACUUUUUCCAAUUACAUUAGGCUAUACAUCGGCUACGGGCACUUGAAAUAAUAAAUACAACGAACUAAUUUUAAUCAAGCUUGUGGAAUUGUUGAUUGUCUCUCGAAAGGAUUUGAGCUUGGAACACGGAAGAUAUGCUUCAAUGGAACUGUUAACUUUUUCAAGGUUCGUCUGAACAUCUGGGUCGACUGACACACACAACCAUGGAAAGAUCACUGGACCUCUGAGUGUAGCCUUCCUCUUUCUCCUCCUCCUCCUCCUCUUCUCCUGCACCUCCAUUCCGAGGUGGUAAAUCCAGAGGCUUUAGUGAACACCCUGAAGGUCCCACCUGGUUGCCAGAAAAUCACUGAGAAAGAAAGACAGAAAGACAGAUCGACUAGAGGUUCCAAAAAAACAGAGGUUCCAACAAACCCCCUCUGGUCUUUCUAAUUCAUUUGGUAACCAUGACGACCACAAAUUUUUCCUCCUUACCUGGGCACAUGGUGAGCCCCAAAGUCCCCCUGCCAUCAUCGUUGCUGCUUCUGCUGCUGAUACAACUGUUUAGUCGGUGCCCGGCUGCUCCCUCAGGUCCUGAGUCAGACACCUGCUCCACUCUGGUCCAGAGCCGAUUCUUCGGCCACUUCCUGUCCUCCUCCACUUUCCCCACGGCACCCUGCUCCUGGACCCUGCAGAAUCCCGACCCGCGCCGCUACACCAUAUUUAUCAAGGUCACCAAACCGACCUCCACAACGGACUGCGUUCCCCGGCAGCUCCGCACCUUCCAGUUUGACUCGUUCCUGGAGACCACGCGCACCUACCUGGGCAUGGAGAGCUUCGACGAGGUGGUCAAGUUGUGUGACUCUUCAUCCCCUGUGGCCUUCCUAGAGGCUGGGAAACAGUUCCUUCAAAUGAGGAAAGGGCCGCCUCGGGCCGGCAUGGUGGUCACCAACCCCAAUGCUGGCGAAGAUGGGGAAUUUAAGACGGAGUACCUGGUGGUGGGGAAGCGUAACCCCAGCAUGGCAGCAUGUCAGAUGCUGUGCCAGUGGCUGGAGGAUUGCCUGGCAUCCAGCACAUCUAACAGGCCCUGUGGCAUCAUGCAGACCCCCUGCCAGUGCUGGGAGCCCCUUCCUCCUCCACAGCUCAGUGAGGUGGAUGGAUGCUACAGGAACGGGGUCUACCUGGAGAACUGCCUACACAGUGCCAAAGGGAAGAGUGAUGCUGACAGCAACGGUGGCUGGAGUGUGUGGGCGGAGUGGGCGGAGUGCAGCAGUGACUGUGGUGGUGGCGUUCAGACCCGGAGCCGUACCUGUCAAUCCCCCUCGGAGGAGUCAUACCUGUGUGAGGGAGUACUGGAGGAGGGAAGGCCCUGUAACCCUCAGCCCUGCAGUGGCAAAGGCCGUCAUCUCUCUCGCAGCCAAUCACUUCGCUCCGUGGACAGCCGCAAGCGCGAUGGCGGCGGUGGCGAUGUAGACAAGACGCGGGGCGGUGGCGGCGGACAGCAGGCCCCACAGACAGUGGACCAGGCUGCGUCAGGUGAGGAGUGGUCAUCGUGGAGUGUGUGUUCGGCCACGUGCGGUGAAGGCUGGCAGAGCCGCACACGUUUCUGUGUCUCCUCCUCCUACAGCACCCAGUGCAGUGGCCCGCUCCGAGAGCAGAGGCCCUGCAACAACUCUGCCGUCUGUCCAGCCGCUCUGAUUGCAGUGCACGGGGCUUGGGACGAGUGGUCGCCAUGGAGCUUGUGUUCGUCAACCUGUGGCCGUGGUUACCGGGAUCGCACGCGCAGCUGCAAGCCCCCUCAGUUUGGGGGAGACCCCUGUAUGGGGCCGGAGAAACAGACCAAGUUCUGCAACAUCGCUGUCUGCCCAGUUGAUGGAGUUUGGAAUGAGUGGGCUAAUUGGGGUACUUGCUCUGCGUCCUGCUCCAACGGGACCAUGCAGCGGAUCAGGGAGUGUAACGGACCUUCGUACGGAGGAUCAGAGUGUCGCGGGGAGUGGAUAGAGACCAGAGACUGUUUCCUACGGGAGUGCCCAGUGGAGGGGAAGUGGCAUCCGUGGACGUCGUGGGUGGGCUGCACCAAGACAUGUGGUGGGGGGAGCCAACAGAGACAGAGGAUUUGCUAUGGGCCCUUCUUUGGGGGUGAAGAUUGUCCUGGGGAUCGUGAGGAGGUGCGACGCUGCAAUGAGAAGAGGUGUCCAGAGCCUCAUGAGAUCUGUGCAGAGGAGAACUUCUCCAACGUAGUGUGGAAGAUGACUCCAGCAGGAGACACAGCAGCUGUACGCUGCCCUCCUAAUGCCAAUGGGCUGAUCCUGAGGCGGUGCACCCUGGAUGAUGAGGGAAUAGCCUACUGGGAGAACCCCACUUAUAUGAAGUGUAUCUCCAACGACUACCGCAGCAUCCAAACACUGACUCGGGAACACCUGUCCAAGGCCCAGCGGGGGCUUGUGGGGGAUGGAGUUUCAGAGGUGAUGACCAAGCUCAGGGUAACGUCCAGCGAUGGGACCAGCUACAGCGGAGACUUGCUGGCCAUAGUGGACGUGCUGAAGAACAUGACAGAGAUCUUCAGAAGGGCUUACAACAGCCCCACCAAUGCAGACAUGAGAAACUUUGUUCAGUCAGUCAGUAACCUGCUGAUGGAGGAGAACAGAGAGAGAUGGGAAGAAGCACAACUGUUGGGUCCUAACAUAAAGGAGCUGUUCCGGUUGGUGGAAGACUUCGUGGACGUGUACGGUCUUAGGAUGAAAGACUUCCAGGACAUGGUCGAGGUCACCGACAACCUAGUUCUGUCCAUCCACAAGCGUCCGGUGGCGGGUAAUGCAGAUAUCAGCUUCCCUAUGAAGGGCUGGAAGGGGAUGAUGGACUGGGCCCGCAACUCUGAAGACAGAGUUACUGUCUCCAAAAACAUCCUCUCCACAGGCAAGCCAGAUGCCGAUGACUUGUCAGCGUUUGUCACUGGGAUCGUUCUCUACAGAAACCUGGGCAGCAUCCUAUCUCUACAGAGAAACAGCACUGUGCUCAACUCCAAGGUGGUGUCUGUGACCAUCAAGCCCACCCCAGGAUCCCUCUCUACCCCAGUUGAGGUCCAGUUCUCACACCUUUACAACGGCACCACCAACCAGACCUGCAUCUCCUGGGACGAGAGUGACAGCUCCUCGCUGCUCGGAUCGUGGUCUGCCAGGGGCUGCAGAGCCGUGCCUGUCGACUCAUUCAGAACCAAAUGCGUGUGUGACAGACUCUCUACCUUCGCCAUUUUAGCACGGCUAACUCCUGACAUGAACAUGGAUAAAAUGCAUCUUCCCUCUGUGACACUGAUGGUGGGCUGUGGAGUCUCCUCUCUCACCUUGCUGCUCCUCAUCAUCAUCUAUGUGUCGGUCUGGAGGUACAUUCGCUCCGAGCGCUCCGUCAUCCUCAUCAACUUCUGCCUCUCCAUCAUCUCCUCCAAUGCCCUCAUCCUCAUUGGUCAGACGCAGACAAGGAACAAAGUGAUCUGCACGCUGGUCGCUGCUUUCCUGCAUUUCUUCUUCCUCUCGUCGUUCUGUUGGGUUCUGACGGAGGCGUGGCAGUCAUACAUGGCUGUGACUGGCCGGCUGAGGAACCGCAUCAUCCGCAAACGAUUCCUGUGUCUGGGCUGGGGUCUACCUGCUCUGGUUGUGGCAAUCUCUGUGGGUUUCACCAAAGCAAAGGGAUAUGGCACCGUCAACUACUGCUGGCUGUCUCUGGAAGGUGGUCUGCUUUAUGCUUUUGUGGGACCGGCUGCUGCUGUAGUCUUGGUUAACAUGGUUAUCGGGAUUCUCGUAUUUAACAAACUGGUGUCCAAAGACGGCAUUACUGAUAUGAAACUGAAGGAGAGGGCAGGUCAGAUGACAGUACCACUGUACAAUAUGACGCUCAAAUGUGCCAAGUGCGGAGUUAUCUCGUCGGCUGACGUUUCUACCACAGCUACCAGUAACGCCAUGGCGUCGCUGUGGAGCUCCUGUGUGGUUCUGCCUCUCCUCGCCCUCACCUGGAUGUCUGCUGUCCUGGCCAUCACCGACCGACGCUCCUCCCUCUUCCAGAUCCUGUUCGCUGUGUUUGAUUCGCUGGAAGGCUUCGUCAUCGUCAUGGUGCAUUGCAUCCUGCGCAGAGAGGUUCAAGAAGCAGUGAAGUGUCGGGUAGUGGACCGCCAGGAGGAUGGGAAUGGAGACUCAGGGGGAUCUUUCCAGAACGGACACGCUCAGCUUAUGGUAACUGAUUUCGAGAAAGACGUCGACAUGGCUUGCAGAGGAGGUAAGAGUACCGGCAAAAAAAAGAGUACUCUGAAGCGCUCCUCUCUCCAGGGUGAUGAGAAGCCGUCCUCCCAGCCCCUGACCCUUCAGAAGGGCUCUAACUUCAACACCAUGCCUGCCAGCAUGGCCAAGGUCCACCUCCAGAAUGUGGCAGACUACCCCAGUCAUACCCUCACCCUGCGCAGGGAGAAGGGUGGUGCCACCAAGGGCAUCAGCACCGAGCUGCCGGGAGCCAAGUCCAUCUACAUCUGUGACGGGGAGCUCUUUAAACAGCUCGACGGGGAGCUGUCUCCACAGGGGACAGGGGAGGCCGGGGGGCCUGAGGGCACAGGAACAGGCCCGGGACCAGGGUACAUCAUCCUGCCUAACAACAACAACACUGGCACCCUGGGGCGGCCCGGAAAGGGCAGCAAGGAGGACACGACGGCCAAGUACAACAUCAGCAUGGAGCAGCAGAUGCCCCAGACCAGGCUCAUCCACCUGGCCAACUCGGUGGGGGUGGAGGGCGUGCCGGGUUUUGCGCUGAAGAGCCUGCCAUCGGACCUGGUCAGUGUGUCCUGCUCGGAGAGGGAGUCGCCCGUCCACAACAUGCAGAAUGUCUCCGGAGAAUCCCACAUGACCAACAGCAUGUGUGAACAGGGUGAUUCUGGGAACUCUGGUGUGAUGUCCAAGAGCGAGACCGUGUCCACGCUCUCCAUGAGCUCCCUGGAGAGACGAAAAUCCCGCUACGCGGAGCUCGACUUUGAGAAGAUCAUGCACACGCGGAAGCGUCACCAGGACAUGUUCCAGGACCUGAACAGGAAGAUCCACAGUGCAGACCAGGACAGGGCGUCUCCGCCUGGCGAUGGGAAGGCAGGGAAGAGGUGGAGUGUGUCCUCAGCUGGCAGCGACAAGACCAUCAUGAGCGACAAGCAGCAGACACCCAGUAAGAGAGCCUGGGAGGGCAUCAGGAAGACCCACUCUCCCCCGUCGUGGAUGAGGAAGGACCUGGAGCCCUUGGCGGCCUCUCCCCUGGAGCUGCAGAACGUGGAGUGGGAGAAGGCCAGCGCCACCAUCCCUCUGGUGGGACAGGAGAUCAUGGACCUGCAGACAGAGGUGUGAGACUGAGACAGAGAGACUGACCGAGAGAGAGACAGAGAGCAGCCAACCUCGUCCCCCAGCCCAGCUCUCAGACAUACAGGCACCUUCCCUUCCCACAGCUCCACAUCUCAAUCUCACUCUGGGAACCAACGACCAACGAUCAAUGACCAACGAAACGGGCAGGGGUGAGAGAGAGAGAGAGAGAGAGAGAGAGAGAGAGAGAGAGAGAGAGAGAGAGAGAGAGAGAGAGAGAGAGAGAGAGAGAGAGAGAGAGAGAGAUUUCCAAAUAAAGGGGGGGGGAACGAGAACAGAUUUGCAGUGCAUUUUGUUAUAUUUUCUUAUUGAUGCUGGAAUCAGUUUUUUGUUUACUAUGUCAAUAUAUCUGGUCUGUUAUUAUCCACAUUAUUACUUCACUAGACACAUGCUUGAGUCCCUCUCCCCCUCCUGGUAGAUCUCUGUGGAUGGUUAGUUAGUUAGGAUGUUGGGUGGUGUAGGUGGUGUAGGUGGUGUAGGUUAAAAGGACAGACUGCAACUGCCUAUGGACUCUUCUCCACCCUGCUAACAGAUCACCUGGACCAACCAUACAGUUCAUGUUCUAGCCAAGCCUAUAGGCAAUGGACCUGGUCUGGAUGAGACCUUCACCCAACAUACAGUACAUGUUCCAACCAAACUACAUGUCCAGUACAUGUCCCAAACACGCCUAGGCAGUGGAGGAGGCAGACUGCCGGACCAUAACCAUGUGCCUCUCCAUGCCAACCAAUAGCCCCGCCCCGCCACCCUCCACUGCACUGUCAGACAGAGUCCCCGCCCGGAAGGGAGCAGACCGAUGACAUCACAGUCAGCCAAAAGGGCGGGAAACCCUCCCAUUGGUGGGUGCGAUAGUGACAUCAGCAUAGACCAACAAGGAUGAGAUAUCUCAUUUGCAGAUGCCCUUAAUGACAUCACAGAAAACCAAGAUGGCCAGAUCUCAUUGGUGGAAGCAUCUAUGACCUCAGCAAAAGCCAAGGAGACACUGUUUUGAUUGGUUGAUUGUUGCUUGAUGUACGAACAGGCUUGGUACAUUUGUGGCAAAUAUGAUUCUGCUUGUUCGGUAAAUGCAGGUGGUAAAAAAUGAAGGAUACUCAUGUCACAGAGUAAAUAAAGAAUGAUGCUUAAUAAUGACAAUGGAAAUUAAUAAAUAUAAAAAAUAUAUGAUAAAUACUGUAUAGGACAUUACAGAGGUUGUGACUCUGCAGUAUGGGUUUUGGAUUAGUUGCACACAGAGAAAGCACAAGGCUCUUUUGGAGUCCUGUUGUACAGCAAUGUAAUUAUUUCAACAGAGUUCUACAGAAUGAAUUUUAGCCUAUAAAUAUAUUUCUUACUGUGCUUGGGGAUUAUUGUUCUCAUUAUUAUAAUUAUGACCAUGAUUAUUCAGAUUACAUCUGUGUCUGAAAUGGCACCCUAUUCCCUAUAUAGUGCACUGCUUUUGACCAGGUCAAAAGUAGUGCACUAUAUAGGGAAUAGGGUGCCAUUUUGAAUGCAUAUUAUAAUUCCCCGCCCAUCCUUUUCAGGGUAUUGGAAUAUGAGUGUUCUGUAACUCCAUGUAACAGUGUGUGUUUUGGUAUCACUGACUGUCACUCCCUCCUCAGACCUGUACGUGUCUGACAUGAACCCUGACCUCUGUCCCCUGACCUUUAACCUCCACUGCCCCCUCCACCUUUUUAGUUCACUCGGGUUGACUCUUUGUUAAUGUACAGUUUUCAGAGCACAAAAUGAAUGUGUCAUAUUUCUAAUAAAAGUAUAUCUAUAUAAUAAACAGUA